UCUCGGGGCUUGCGCGUCUUCCUGCGGCUCUCCCUAUUGCGAACUGAAAUGUUUCCUCGACCUACUUCACUCCUUUAAACACCUUCACCCUCUGAGCGACGAGAUUUCUUUGUUUCCAAGCCCUUUUCCACGUCGUGUUUCUGUCUCAGCGUUGGGCUACUCAGUUUAACCUCGACCAGUCAGCCUCAUGUGCUGAUCGCACCGUUUCAGGCUGCCCGAUUUCCUCCACGAGCCUCACUCGUCUUUCCAGUCUUUACUGCCAAUACGACAGUGGUGGUCCCCUGGUCCGCUUCCUCGUCUCCUUUUAAUAUUACCGGCUUCUCUCGCCCAAGAUGGCGACCGGCUCGGGGAGAUAUCUUCGUUAUAUACUCUUUGCGGUUUUUGGAAUUACCAUCAUCUACUUUAUUUCCACCUCGUCACUGCCCUCCUACGCCCAACCACUGACCUCGGGUACGGCCUUCUCGUGGGAACGACCUGGAGAGUCCACGCCGAGUUCGAGUACCAACGAGAUAGACGAUUCCAUUCAUCUCCCGCAGACGACUUCUGUUGUGGAGUCUUCACAGUCCGAGGAAACAACGACCCCUAACGUGAUUCCUACCAUUCCCUCGGAACUCUCCCCUCCCGCUCCAGGCGAACGAAUCAAUGCGACCUUUAUAACCCUGGCAAGAAACACCGAUAUCUGGGAGAUAGCCCGCUCAAUCAGACAAGUCGAAGACCGCUUCAAUAGGAACUACAACUACGACUGGGUCUUUUUGAACGAUAAACCCUUUGAUGAGACAUUUAAAAAGGUAACGACUUCUCUCGUCUCGGGCAAGACACAUUAUGGCGAAAUUCCCGUCGAUCACUGGUCAUUCCCGCCAUGGAUCGAUCAAAAGAAGGCUGAGGCCGUCCGGGAAGACAUGCGCCGGAGGAAGAUUAUCUAUGGCGACUCAGUCAGUUACCGACACAUGUGCCGAUUCGAGUCAGGUUUUUUCUUUCGUCAUCCGCUGCUUCAGCAAUUCGAGUACUACUGGCGAGUCGAGCCCAGCAUUGAGCUGUUCUGCGAUAUCCAUUAUGAUCCUUUCCGGUUCAUGAAAGAGAACAAGAAAAAGUACAGCUUCGUCCUAAGCCUGUACGAAUACGUCGAGACCAUUCCAACGCUGUGGGAUAGCACAAAGAAGUUCAUCAAGGCGCAUCCUGAACACAUCUCUCCAGAUAACUCGAUGGGAUUUUUGAGCGACGACGGAGGUGACACAUACAACAAAUGCCAUUUCUGGUCAAACUUUGAGAUUGGUAACCUCGACUGGCUCCGAUCGAAACCUUACAUUGACUUCUUCGAAACCCUUGACAAAGACGGUGGUUUCUUCUACGAACGUUGGGGCGAUGCUCCAGUGCAUUCCAUCGCUGCUAGUCUACUCCUAAGGAAGGACGAGAUUCAUUUUUUCAAUGAUAUCGCCUACUACCACGUCCCCUUCACACAUUGUCCAACGGGAGAGGACGUUCGCAGGAAACUCCGUUGCCACUGUAACCCGGCCGACAACUUCGACUGGAAGCCGUAUAGCUGUACAUCUCGGUUUUUCGACCUCAACAAGCUUAAGAAGCCCGAAGGGUGGGAGACUCAGGUAUGACUAGCCGGCGGUGAUGUCGGAAGCCCAGGCAACAACAAUGGAAACGGCGAUGGUAACGGCGACAAGCAAAACGAAUCAGAGUCAGGCGUUUCCCUGUCGUGGGAGAUUUUUAAAUAUGCAUGCAUUACGUUUAGCGUUGGAUUGGUCUUGACGAUUACUUUGAUGAGGAUUCCCUGGACGAGACGCAAGUUGCUUUCGUGGGCGGAACGCCUCGCGGAAUGGCACGAAAGCGGACUCGACCGCGACGAGGAUGAAAAUUGGUACAAAAAGCCGGAGAGGCCUUCAAGGUCGGACAACUCUGGUUGAUCAGGUGGUUUCAGGGGACCGGGUCGCGGACCACCUCCUCGGCGCAUCGAAGGAUUUCCCGGCGUGUUCGGUUUGUUUCUCAUGCUCUCAAAGACGUGGAGGCAUCAAUCCGGCGCCGCCAACCACUUCUUUACCUUCGAACACCGUUUGCAGUGGCGGACAUCUCAGAAAUGGCCUCCGUUGGAGAAAUUGGAUGGCUUCAGCAGGACAGACAUUCAAACCCAUCUUAUACCUACGAGUUACUCAACGAGGAAGUGGUCGAGCACCGAACAUCCUGUCCAACAACGCGAAGGAGGCAGAACUGGGAUCGUCUAGAGAAGCACUGCUUCCUUGGCCCUUUUACUUUUGCAUGAGAGGCGUUGGUCAGUGGGUUAGGGCUACGGAUUCAGGGAUUGGGCUAUUGAACUAUUGGGAAGAGCGAACACAUUGGAGGGAGCAUCAAAAAGCUUUCAUGGCACUAAGGGAAUGAGAGCCUGUGUCCCUCGUCUCCUCUCGUCUCGCACCGCAAUGCAUUGUGAUGCACCAGGGCUGGACGAUAGAGGCAUUUGUGCACUGUGAAGAAUGAGCUGGGAUGCACGGUAUCAUUAUUCAUGGCACGCAUUGGAACCCCCCCUGGAGGCAGGACGCACCGGUGCACAGUGCACAGUAUGUAGUAUAGGAAACAAGCGGAACCUGGCCUAGGAUCAUUCAAUCAGAGACGGGUUGUACACAUUGGGACUUGACAUAAUUGCCUCUUUUGACGCUCCUUGUGUGUAUAUGUCUUCCGCAUCUCUGGCCCCUGACACGAGCUUCACGUGGUAUGUUUGACAUUUUACAUUUUACAUAUACAUACAAGAGGGGCACUUUCGUCCCGAUCCAGG